UAUUCCUGGCAUUGGUGCUGGCUUAUAGUUGGCCGAGAACGAAGACGAACAGCGUCCCGGUACAUGUACCCAACUUCCCAACUCGAGCUACCAUACCAUAGAGCUAUCAUACCAGUAGUGUAGCUCUCCCAGAAGAGCCAGAUUACAAGUGACAGCAAGGACCCAAGGGCAGCACUGAAGUCUGCAACGUUCCAAAGAUAUUAUUAUCGGUACAAUGCCAAGGCUAGAGUGCGACAAUGAAUAUUACGACCAAUCUGAAUUCCUGCAGCAAAUUCAACUGCUUUCCCCGCUACACAACCUGGUUGUCACACACAUGCACCUUUGGACUUGAUCCGAUAUGCAUACAACAAGGACCCAGAAGCUUUGAAUGCGGAUAUCAUUUAUGAUGCAUGCAGGUUUAACACGAAUCCAGAAAUCCUUGAUUUUCUUUUGGAACUUGCAGGACCCGAUUCACUCUCCCUCGAAGAGAUUGCCUCAAGCAUGCAUGAAUUACUGGACACUUAUAAAGAAAUCUUACCUGUGGAUAGUACGGAUGAAUUAUUUGAAAAACUGAGACCUUUGGCUGAAAGAUUCCCACAUGCCUUUGUAUAUGCUGAAGGGCCAGAAAAGCUGAGUCCCAUGGCAUCUGCCCUCCAGAUGGGUUCUUUUGGCCACUACAAGGGUUUAAUGAUGCGCCAUAUUCCAAGGAGCACAAGACACCUCAACUUUGGAGAGUAUUGUCCAUAUGGAGAUGAUCAAUUCGAUGAAGAGGACGUGGAAGAGGUAGGUUUCAAUAGCACCUCCGAUGCAUUGGCUGCCAGGCUAAAUGUAAUGAAGGCUCUGCGAAGCCUGAAGUUGAAAAUUUGCUAUCAAGAUGAAAAGUUGAUAGAUCCUGUUUGUAACCUGAUUACUGCUGGGCAGUUGGAGUUUCUUGUUGUCUCUGCUGUGCCGCAAAAGGCUGGUGAAGACCCUCCAAGCAGGUUCUUUUCCCCUAUUUUUAACUCCAUCAAAGGAUCCUCACUACUGGAGUUUGGGCUUCUUGGCCUCCAAGACAACAACUUGGCAAACUCACAUCAGGAUCUCAUCCUUGAGAUGCUAAAGAGCAAUUUCACCUUGCAACAAGUUCACAUCAGUGCCCUUCCUGCAUAUGAAGAUUGCUCCAAUAGAUCCAAGAAACAAAGAGAUAUUGAUUACUACACAACACUCAACCGAUAUGGAAGGUCUCUGGUGCAAAACCCAGAGACACACUUGAUAGAAAUUUUCGAUAAUCUGGCACAAGCAGCCCAGCGAAGUGAACCAGAGCAUCCUACAUGGACAUCAGCCAUCUCGUUGCUCUAUGGGCUCUUAAGGGAAGCACCUGGAAAAUGGAGUGUAUCAGCUGUGACUAUACGGGUUGCCAGACCCAGAAGAAGCCCCAGACUCAAGCGCGAAGCCUCUGUUUCCCCCGGUGGAGCACAUGGAAUGUGGAGUGUCUCAGCAGGGGUCAAACAGGUUGCCAGACCCAGAAGAAGCACCAGAAUCAAACGCAAAGCUUCACAGCCUCUGGAGUCUAUAGAAUGGCAAAUUCCAUAGACUUCUAGCAUCAGAUCUCUGGGUUGAAUGAGCAUGAUCUAAUGUUAUGAGCAUUGAUAGAGAGUUGGUAUCUGUAACGAUGUGUUGGUUUUGUGGAUUUGGCUUGUCACUACCAUUUCUUAUUCGUAACUUUGAACGGCUGCCAAUAGCCAAUGCCUAGGUUUGACGUA